GAAACUGAUCAAGACUGGAAUUAUUGAAUCACUAGGCAUAUAAUGUGGAAGCCCUGGAAGAUUGGAUAAAGGAGCAUCACUAUAACUCACUGCUCAUUUGUAGAAUGGUAAACUGUGCAAGAUGUUGCUUGCACAACUCAAUGAGAGCUUUGAACUUCUUUGUCAAUAUCUUUGCUGUGGGGGUGAUCAUCUACACUCUCUGGCUGCUCAAGAAGUGGCAGGAUGGAGUUACUGAGCUCCCUCCAGUCCCAAUGGUACUUAAACCAUGGUUUAUCUAUGCAUGUUUAGGUGCGGGGAUUGCCGUCUGUUUCAGCACACUUUUCAGUUAUCUGGUUGCUCAUUGCAUCACUGAUUCUACUCUUCUUCUCAUAUACAUAGUUUCGAUCUUCUCUCUUCUUUGCAUUGAAGUUGCAGGGGUUGUAGCAAUUUUCUACAAGAUGAACUGGGCAGAGAAACUUGCAGAGUACAUAAAGGACACCAAGUUCAAGAACUUCAUGAUAUUUCAUCUGUACAUGUGUCGUCUCAUUGCGAUUCUAAUUUUGGUACCGCAGAUCAAAUGCACAGUUUUAGCAAUCAUUCUUUGGGCUAUUGGUACCGAGCCACUGACUCACUGCAACUAUUCUGACCAUGUAACUGAGUUUAGAUAUUAUUCAUUUCUGGUGAUACCAAGCCCAGCUUCUCUACUCAAUAUGUCGAGAAAUGGCUUCAGAAAUUAUGAAGCCUUGCCAAGAUCAGAUCAAUAUGAAUAUCCGCCACGGCUAAGCUUCUUCUCACGUAUUAACAGAUUUUUCAGAAUGCGAUUUCAUAGAAGAGUCACACUUGGUUAGAACAUUAGUAGACAACUACUAAUUUGAUCUUCCUAACUCAUCAAGUCUUCAACAUGCUACAAAUACAACUCUUACCUCUGAUGUAACAUUUAACCUAUUGGUGUUGUCAGCAAUUAUAUACAGAAACCCAGUCUUUAGAGGUUUGUUGUCGAACUGGACUUGAUGUCUUUACAUUAAUUGCUAGAGUUUCCUAGACCUUGCAGGAAGUGAUUGAAAAGAAAUUUGGAAACACUACAAAGACUUCCC